CAGAAGAGCUGACCAGCACCGUACCAUGCUAGUUAAAAACUAAAUGUAAACUUAUCGGUAACGGUGUCAUUUGCGGAUAAGUAUAAACUUACCGUUAGAUUAUCAUUUCGUAAAUUCUCCUCUAUCACACUGUGGAAUGUCGUAACAGAGUCGGUGCGGUCAGGUGUGUUUCGACCUUAAUACGUGGAAUUCGAGGAUUUUGUGAAUCUGUGCUGGCAGUACUAUAAAUAAUUCAUAAAUUUUUUCCCGUACAAUUCGCGCGAACAGCUUAUAAUUGGCAGUGAGCAGCAUUAACAAGGUUCAUUGGAAUACAUUUUUAAAGGUAAUGCGUACCAUUAACUCAACUCUUAGCAAUUAAAUCCUCGAUUAUACGACUCUUAUGCAACUUCGGGAGAAUCGGAGUAAAAACAGAAAUACCCAGAAGCAAGACGAGACACUCGAGACAUCAAUUUUAUUCCAACAACCAGCCGCGUGAAGUAAACAAUUUAAAACAUUAAACAACAACACGAAUGACUAUCACGUCGAGCUAUUUUCUUUUAUCGAUAACCGGAGGAUUCUCCCUAGCGAAGCGUAAACGCGUCGUAUAAAUCAGAAUCCGCGGCCCAGACAAGUUUAGUCCAAUCCACGAUGAUCGUCAAAGACGGCCCGGAAAACCCCGCAGGCGGAUGGAACGCCAUGAAAACCAUCAAGAAAAUUCGAGAAACACUCACCGUAGAACCGCUGGUAGGCGUCUACCAAUUCGCCAUAUCCCUAUCCAAACCGGCAUUGGACAACUUGGAGCUGGAGAAGACCUGUCGCGUGAAUUUAGGCUACAACGACACCAUCUGCAAUGCAAUCCUCGCAGGAGACCACAGGAGGUAUUCCGAUGAAAACAACAACAUCCAGGUGACGAUAAGCAAACUCCAUUCGUGGCAACAGCCAAUCCAGAGCUUCAUGCCGCUGGUCCUGAUCCUGUUCCUGGGCUCGUACAGCGACAGGCACAAGCUGCGCAAGCCGUUCUUCGUGAUACCGCUGAUGGGCGAUUUGCUCGGCAACGUGGGGUGCGUGCUGUGCGCGUGGAACAUGAGAUCCUGGCCGGUGGAAGUUCAGGGCGUCUUCCAGAAGAUAGUGCCCUCGUUGUUCGGCACGCAGAGCUUGCUGACGGUGGCGACGACGGCGUACGUCGCCGAUAUAAGCAGCGUGGAGUCGAGGACGUUCCGGAUCGGACUGACGACGCUCGUGAUCAGUUUGGUGGCGCCGGUUUCAAACGCGAUAUCGGGCGUGCUGUUCGUGCGGAUGGGCUACCAGGGGGUGCUGGUGCUGUCUUCGGGCAUGCUGGUGUCGGCGAUCGUGUACGGGAUCGUGUGGAUCGAAGAGACGCAGGGUGAUGGGGAGGGUCGAAAGUUGGGUUUGUGCGCCGAUGUGUUCAGUCCCAAGCACGCUUUGGAUACGUUCCAUGUGGCUUAUAAGACGUCUGAAAGGCGGCGCGUUCUGUUGCUGUUGGUUAUGGUGGUGUUGCAUCGAUCUGCUUUCGAUGGUGAAACAAGUGUCCUUUACCUUUACGUUCAAAAGGUAUUUCAAUGGACUCCGGUAGACUUUACAUACUUUUUGACAAUAAAUUCAUCCAUAUCAUUGAUUGGAAAUAUUUUAGGUUUGUACGUGUUCGUGAAAAUUUUAGACACCGGUGAUUUAAUCUUGUUAUUUCUAACCGAAAUUUCUAGGAUUAUAUCGAAUUUAAUUUACGGAUUUGCGACUAGCCCAGUGAUGUUUUACAUCGGCACCAUAACGAACGUCAUGACGAAAUUGUACAGGAUAGUAAAGAGAUCGUACGCGACAAAAAUCGUCCCAACGGGCGAUAUCGGCAAGACCCAAUCGCUUUUGGGCAUAGCCGAAGCUCUUGCACCGGCUGCAUCAGUGCCUGCAUACAAUCUUUUAUACAUGUACACUCUGAAAGCCUUUCCGGCCGCAAUAUUCUUCUUCAGUAUCACGAUCUAUUCCAUUUGCUGUGUUUUAAUAGCUUUGAUGUACGUUGAAAACAAACCAGGUCAAUUAGAAACGGUCGAGAACCAACAAGGUGCAUCUACGAUAAUUGAAACAACGCAUAUGUAAAAUAUUUUAUUUAAAUAAAUCUGUAGUUUAUUUUAUCAAUUAUUUGCUGG